AUGAUGAAACGAUCACUAAUUGGAUUACGUGCGAGGCAGCACCAGCACCAGCAUCAACAGGCCGCCCUGCUGAUCCUGCUGGCAUUUGGCGCCGUUUCGUUUACAAAUGCGUUCAUCGUGCCGGAGGAGCUGCCAUCGAUACUUUCCCUGGUGUAUUCCAACAUUCCACCGAUCAAGAAAGGAACCGACUCAAGGAUAGGUUUUGGCUUUCGGCUGGGCGAACACGCUGAUUUUCAAGUGCAGCUUGAACUUGGGCCGCAGCUCAACACGCGACCGAUAGGAACGGCAGCCGGGAGCAGCAAACGAUACGUGGACAAUGGCGAGUACAGCAACUCCAUUAAGAGCCCAACCCGUGGAGGAGGAAGUUCGUGGUUGCAGGCGUGGUCGAAGCAGACGAAACAGCGCCAACAGUUCAACAAGGACAAACUGCGGGAUUCGCUGAUGCCACCGGCACCGAUAAUGAACGAGGGUGCCUACAACCAGCUCCAGCAGCUGUACGAGAUGAACAAGCAGCGUGAAUACGAGGACACGAUCGGCACGUUACCGGCGGAGGUGCUCGAAUCGCGCAUCAACCAGCUGAAGGCACUGCGAGGUGAACCGAUUACGCCCUUCAAACCGAUGCCGGGCACCGUCGACCAACGGUCCGGUGGUGGUGGACAUGGAGGGAAAUCUUUCCCCCCGGAGGAGGCUGCUCCAUCGGCAGAUUCCUCUUCGGUUGCCUCCAGCACGAACGUGAUCGUGGUAACGUCCGAUCCGGAGCCUUCGACGACCGUGCUGGCCACAUCCGCGCCGACGGAGGUUUCCUCAGCUGCAACCGAAAGUGAACGACCCGAACCCACUGCCAGCACCUCGUCGGCACCGGUAACCGUCGAUGGUGGUCGAAGGAAUGUACGGCGACGAACCAAUCGACCGGUGAGCAAACGGGACAAGGAACGCAUCACGGCCCAGCUGUCCGAUGUGUCGUUGGAUUGA